AUGCUAUUUUCUGAAAGGGACACUGUGAAGCAGCUGCAACAAGAGAUACAGCAUCUUUCUCUCAAGUUAUCUCAAGCUCAGACUUCGUUGAAGGAAAAGGAGGCACAAUCCAGUUCUGGUUCGAACGACCCUGCUGUUGACAGUAGAAGUAAUGAUGAUAGCCAAAGCUUUAAAGAAGUCUCUGUUACAGCACCGACAUCAAGAAAUGCAACCAUCCACUGUGGAACUGAGACCAUGUCUCUUGAGUGGGAUUGCAGGUCCAAUAAUUUGCUACUCAUGGGCACUUCUGAUGGAUGCAUAAAAGCAUGGAAUGCAGAUGCUAAGCGGCAAGUUUCUGGUAGUUCUGAAUCUUCUGAUAGCUUGGGUUUUGCCUCAUUGACUGUAUGGGACUUGAAGUCUUGGAAAGCUGUGGCUGUCCUUCCUCUAGGAAAAGAUCCACCAGCAAUAACCUCUUUGAGCUUCAAUCGCAGUGGAAGGCUUUUAGCAGCAGCUGGAACAGUCUUUUACACGUAUGAUAGCAAGUUUAUAACAUGUAGUACCAAAUACAUUCCUUUACUGAGAGAAGAUAUGUCUUCUUGCAAACAACUUGUUGGAUGGACUGCACAUAGGUAUGCUUGA